AUGAAAUUCUUACCUGAAGCUUCGCUUGAUCAUGAAGAGAAGAUUUACAAUGACUUUAAUCAAGAAUUCAGCAUUGAUGUUGAACAAACGAUGAUAUAUACUGAGGAAACAGAUAAUGAAUUCAUCAAAAGUGAUAAUGAGAUGAAAAUAUUUGAGAAGGAAUUUGAAAGGAUCAUUCCUUCUCUUGCGGAUUAUGCUAUUAAACUAACAUAUUGUGUUAUUAUUAACAAUGACAAUGAUCAAUACAUAAUCCAAAGGUACAACAAUACAGGAGUUCACAGUGUGGGACAACUUUUUGGUAUGUGGGAGAUUGACUCUAAAGCUGUGCAAGAAGUUGGAAAUAAGAUUUCAAAGUUGGAUAUGACCAAAAUACUGUAUACAAACCUGAAACAAGGGCAACAUGAUACUGAUAUUACCUUUGCUUUAAAGUUAUUUGGUAAAUGGAUUGAACAGACCAUUACAUCAGAUAAUGAAAUUGUAAAAGUUAGUUUACUAAAAGAGCUUGUCAAUGUUCUUGCAUUUGCUAUCAAAAAAAUUGAUGUUAAUGAAGAAGCACAAGCAACACAAUUGAAAAUCACUAUAUGCAAGAACUUUGGAAGAAUACUUGCCUACUCUGUAUUACAAGCACGAUCAGAACUCAAGCAGAAAUUACCAUUACUCGAAGAACCAGAAUCCCUGGAUGAAUACUACAAUGCUAUGUCAUCGCUUCUUAUAAACCUUUUU